GGGUUCUUCACUUCGCUGCUAGGAAGAAGGAUGAUGGCGGAAGCGUUCUUCGUCAGGCUCUUCGGUCGGGUCUGGUCCGUCUCUAUCCGUCUCUGUCCUGGACGUGGGUGGCCAGCUGGCUCUUCCUUGCUGGUUUCUCCUUCGUUGGGCUCCUGGCUGGGAGCUCCUUCUGUUUCCCUGCCUGACGUCGGCUGGCUGGGAUGUCGCUUCUCCUUGGAAGGUGGUUGUCGGCUCCACGCAGCGCUGCCGCUGGAGGUCGCGGUCUGGGGUGUUGUUCUUCUUCUUCAAGUAGGUCUUCGACAGCUCCGAAUGCUCGGAGAUAGCGGCGAUGGUGAGCUUUUACCGCUCUCCUCUGGCUUUGCAUGCGCUGUCUGCAUGCAGCUGCCAGGUCGAUGGUGUGUGGAUGAGUCGGGGUCGAGGUCGGGACUCGAGGAACUUCUGGUCCGCAUUCGGUACUUCGAGGCGGAGGCUCGAUAUGUUUGGGUGGAAGGGGUUGGAAAGGUUGACCCAAUGGAUGAAGCACCAACGCUGGAUGCUGGUUUAGAACAUGGUGCAAAUUAUUGGGAUGCAGACAACCGCACCUAUCACGUCUUCUUACGUGGACUCGUCCAGAACGGCGCAGUGGAGAUUCGCGUCCGUCCUUUUGUCAUUAUUGUCCUUAAACUGGCAAUGUCAUACCGAGACUUCUUUGAGAGACUGUUCAUCUUCAAUGUGGCAGCGCUGCUCCGGAUUAAUCCAUCACGACUCAAAGUCGUGACUUCAAGCCCUGGGUCAACCAUUGUGAGGAUGAGGAUUGAGCCAUCAGAAGCGGAGCUUAAUGGUCCCUUACCUGACGUUGCACCGAUAAAUAAUCCUGAGGGGGAUGUGGAUGCUCCAUUUCCAACGCCUGGGUCUGUGCUUCCCCCAUCUCCUCCUCCAGCACCACCUCCCCCUCCUGCACCCUACCCUCCAGCUCGCACGGAAACAGGUGAACUCAUCGAGAAGUCGCUGGACGUUAUCAUGAGGGACCUGCAGACUGCAGUAGCGGACGGAUCCUUUGCUGGCCAAUUGGGCGUUCCACUGGUAGCCAUGAACAUCACUUAUGAAUCCUCCCAAGGACCUGUGGAUGUCCCACUUGUGCCGGAGCUUCACGAUACAGGUACCUCGAAGACGAAGCUGGAGCCAUGGCGCUGCAGGUCGCAGGCGCACAGGGAGCCCCAGCUAUGGCGCCAGUUGGGAAUGCCAACGAGUUCCACGGGCUCUUCCAGUUCAAUGGGUUCACGACAGUCUACUAGUCAGAUGGCGGGCUCGCAGUUCAGCCCGCUGACCUCACGUGAGAGGGAACUCAGGGAGCUCCAACAGGUCGAAAGGAUCCGUGAACAGUUAGAAAGGGAUCUGAAGAAAGCUACCGACAGAGAAAAGGAAAUCAAAAAGAGAACAGCCAGGCUUGAUACAAUAGAGGCUGACAAAGCUGACUUAGAGGGCUUAGAUGACUCUGGAAUGAAUGAGCCCAUGGAAGUGUUGAGGAACAACAUGCUGUCGCUGCAUGCGCACGUGGACAGCAGGUUGGACUCCAUGCAGAACACUUUGGACCAGAUCCUGGACGCAUUGACAAGGCCAGGAUUUAGGCCACCAGCACAAUCGCCGUUGCCGUUAUCGGCGAUGUCAGGCCCCUUUCCCGUACAAGCUGGCACACAGCCAAGUGGUACGUCUGCAGCAGUCGCACAGACUGUUGCAUCUUCUUCUUCGGGUCCAGCGGUGGGAGUUACACCACCGCAACCACCUGUUCAGCAAUCUGGACAGCCGCAGGGUCAAUGGUAUCCUAAGACCCCAAUGAAACCGCCCCUUGCCUUCUCAGGUGAGGGAAAGGGCGAAGAACUCAACACAUGGUUGAGAACGGUCCCGGUUUGGGUGAAGGCAAAGAGGACCUUGCUGGAGGAUGAAGUGGUAACUGCGGCGUCUUACCUCGAGGGUAAGGCAGCCAAAUGGUUAGAUGGUGUAGUUAUCAAGGUCGGGUAUGGGAGACGCAUGGCGGACUGGGCUAAGUCUCUAACGUUAGACCAGUUCAUGGAAAUGGUAGAAGCUCGAUGGCAUAACCCACAGGAGGCACAAAAGGCCACUGAUGCCAUAAACAAACUGGACCAACGAAAGUUCAAAUUUGUUAGAGAGCUUACGACUACCGUUGAGAGCCUGAUUCUCGUCCCAGGCAUUAACUACAGUGACCAGUUCCUAUUGACAACAUUUGUCAGAUGUCUCCCAGAGAACAUCAGGAACUUACUGGCCAGUGAAGCACGCGUCGAGUAUCACUCGUUUGAAACAUUGUCUAGGAAAGCCUUAGAUUUGGAGGCCACGCUAGGCAAUGCUCAACCUACCUCUCAGAAUGACUCAAAGAAGAAGAAGAGUCCCCAGGAGUGGAAGAAGAAGGGGGCGAAGUUGAUGAUGGUUGAGUCCGAUGGGACUCAAACUGAGAUCGACGAAGUCUCUGACUUGGUGGACUAUUCAAAGUAUGACAGCGAGGAGGUAGCUGAGGGUAGCACCCUCGCCGCAGUAGUAAAGGCUAAGGCCGGUGGCCGAGGGAAGGGCCAACCUAGGGCUCAAGGGAAGGCCGCCUCCAAUCAGACCAAGCAGGCUGAAUGGGUUAAGGCAGGUCUUGAUCAAGACGUGUGGCGUGACCGCCGAACGCGUGGAGCUUGUAUCAACUGCGGGGGAUACGGACACUCGCAGUACAAGUGCCAGAACGCUAAGAAGCCAUUCAUAGUGACCACUGACGCAAGCCAAUACGACAUUGGCGCAGUGUUGGCUCAACAGGAUGGGAAAAAGUUGAGACCGAUUGAGUACAUGAGCAAGAAGAUGCCAUCAAAGAAGUUGGCAAAGUCCACCUAUGAAAGGGAACUCUAUGCUCUAUACAAAACACUUGUCCAUUGGAGACACUUCCUAUUGGGAAGAUUCUUCUACUUGAGGACUGAUCAUCAGACCCUCAAAUGGAUCAAGACUCAACCGGCUCUUUCUGAUGCACUCAAGCGAUGGAUUGAGGUCAUAGAUCAAUAUGACUUCAAGCUUGAGUAUCUGAAGGGGGAGUACAACAAGGUUGCAGAUGCGCUAUCCCGUAGAGCGGAUUACCUAGGUGCGCUAGUUUCUGACUUUGGCAUAUCUGACGAAAUAACUCAAUCGUUGGUGGGAGCCUAUCAGGAAGACCCUGUCACGAUGGACAUCAUUCGCAAACUUCAAGCAAAAGACAAGGCCACAGAAAGACAGAGUGUUUCCAUGGAUUUCAUGGACACCCUGGUAACUAGCAAGAGUGAUCCUGGGCGCUCUGCCCACAGUAACCUCUGCCUGUAUCCUCUGUCGGUAACCCCUCUCACUCUCGUAUCUGAAGAAGACGAUGAAGAAGGAGGAGGAAGGAGGAAGAAGGAGGAGGAAGGAGGAAGGAGGAAGGAGGAGGAGGAGAGAGGGAGACGAGAUGGAGGGCGAAAGAUGUUGCCCUCCUCGCUGCCUCACCUGCAGGUAACUGCUGCCGUACUGACCGUCGUGGUCGUCCUGUGCAGGUACCGCGCAGAGCCCCAGCUAUGGCACCAGUGCAUGACACUGCUCACUCGAUCACAGACCAAGGCCAUGGASCGGAAGGCGGGGGAAUCCCUCCUGAGCUAUGAGGAACGCCUGGCGGCAUUCAUUCAAGAGGCCAACGAUAGGGCUGCCGCCGCGGCCAAGGAACGUCGGCAGCUUGAACAAGAGGAGGAGGCCAAGCGACAGAAGGAGAAACAGGACCGACUUCGUCAAGAGGAAGCAGACCUGCAGGCGGCAGCUGAACACCGGUCACGCCAGCGGGAACGACUGUUCACACGGGAGACCGUGAUCGGCGAUGAGGCCACACGUUGGGUGGAAAUGGCAUCUACAGACGAGGCCCCGGAGACUGAGAAAGGACUGUCAGCCCUUGCACAGGUCUCCCACGACCUCGUGGCCACCUGCGCUCUGYAGCAGGAGGAAAUCCUCCACCUGCAGCAGACAGUGGACCAGAUGCUCGCACGGCUGCGGGCGUUGGAAAAACAGCCAGCAGCCGUAGCAGCCGCAGGGCCUGCAAACCUUGCGACCCGUGUUCAAGUCUUGGAGGACGACGUCGGCAACAUCAAGCGUGUGCAUCAGGACUUCAGGAUGUCGCAGCAAGCAACGAACUUGCAGUUGGAGACGCAGGUCCAGGCGGCCGCCACCGUGAUGCCCGCCGCCGCAUCCUCCAGGUGCCCACCCAAGCUAGAUGACAUUCCAGUCUUCUGCGAUCAGUCCAAGACGGAACCGAUCCCGUGGUGGCGCCAGUUUACUCUCCGGCUCGACAUGCACCAUGUCCCGAACAACGAUCGACAUCCGUGCUUGUACCACCGAUCUGGUGGUGCGUGUCAAGCAUGGCUGGACAACAUCUUGACCAGCCACGGCGUAGCAGUGUCGGAACUACACACCAAGCUCACUUGGCAGGAGUUGACUGACGCCUGGCACAAGCAAUUCCAAGUGGAGCCGCCCGACCUGCAAGCGAUGGACAAGCUCAACAAGCUCCAUCAAAACACGCUGCUCAGUCAGGACUGGAUCACCGAGUUUCAAAAACUCGCCUCCACACCUAACYUGCCGCUCGCAUUCCGCGCCAUCAAGCAUUUGUUUAUCAUGCGCUCGUGUCCGGCUCUGCAAAACGCGCUUACGCAGAUUGCAGAGACACUCGACACAUCCGACAAGCUUUUUAGCACAGCGUCWYGGAUCAUUCUGACAAAUAUCGAAGCCCGCAACGCAGGCCGAUCUUCCGCGACGACGAGCGGCACCCAACUCAAGCCAAAGGUGGCUUGCAUUAUUUCUUCCGAGGCUGCAACACCAAACGAGGGUGAAGUGUUGGCAGCUGCCCGGGAUGGUGGCCGGCCGCGCAACAACCACGGCCGCGACAAGACGAAGACUCAAUCCACCUCAACACCGAGCACCGGAUCAGCCGCCGACGAACCUUGGGUACAAUACGGACUCUCGGCUAACUCUUAUCGCACGCGACUCAAGUAUCGGUAUUGCCUUUGGUGCAACAGCACCAUCCACGAUGCUGCACAUUGCCCCACCAAGGGGAAACCCCGUGCAUGCAUGGAAGCUGGCCUCAGAUGCCCGACCAAUCAGGUGUUCAUAAUGGGUUGCAUUUGUGCAUCACCUCUGCUAGCGGAGAUUCAAUUCAAUGCUUAUGAAAUUGACUACCAAGCCUUCAUCAGGAACCGGACAGCACAGGAAGACAUCAUCUUCGAGCUCAGCACCCAAUUGGGAGUUCUGAUUACUCAGAUUCGGUUGAAGUUUGCACAAGGGAGCAUACGCGUUGGGAUUAUGAUAUUACCAAGCUAUGGUCGUACCUCCCUCUUGGAGAAGGUUGUGCAGAAGGUCACUGUAACUCUAAGACAGAAACUUGUGAUAUUCAGUGCCUUUGACACCUACAACGUCAUCAGGGUCAUUCCUCCCCAGCCGCCUGAUACAGGGAUAAGAUGGGUGAAGCCGGAGGACUACAUGCCCAUCUUCCGCAUGGACCACAUGGAACGGAUGGUCGCAUAUACUCCAUACAACGAGGGGAUAACUGUGGCAUGGAGAGCAGUGGAAGGUGUAAAUUACUUAUGUCGACAUAAAGUGCUGGCGUCUGGUUUUGAGGAUGAUGGUUUGCACUUGUCAGCCACAAGGACCCUACAGGAGAUGGCUGCUGAUAUGCAUCUUUGGCAGAACUACGGACGUGAUUGGAGUCCCUGUCCUGUCUUUUCCUCCCCUGGAGAGUAUGUGUUUCGGGCCCGGUCAUUGCCGGACGGAUAUCAUAAAUUUUCAGUUCUGCCUGAGCACCUGUCAAACAUUUCUUCUGCGGCCAUGCAUUUCUACUUCAAGAUGGAUACUGCUGCCCCUAUCUCGGACAUAUUCACAAGGGUGACCGAUCCCACAUUCAUGUCGGAUCUGAACACGGUAGGACCAUUUCAUCUGUCGGCAAUUGAUGUACACGGAGUGACACCCAUGCUAUAUAAUGCCACUGAUAAUGCCACCUACAUGGCACCUUACAUACAGGGCCCAGUGACUGCCCGGUUAUUUGAAGCGGCAACUCUGCUAUGGCUGUGCAAAUUGGACAUGGGCGCCUGGAUGGUCUGCGGACCUACUGUAAAUAGGACAUACGUGAUCCCAGGUUCUCACAGCAUGUUUGUCCGGGCUCUGGACCUGGCUGGUAACAUAGAGCUGAACCCGACAGUAACCAGCUUUACUUUGGAGGGACACUUGGAAGGAGGUGGCUGCAACUUCCGGUACUCCCAUGAUGGGUCUUCUCUGCGACGAUUGAAUGGGAGUUCGCUGACACUAUCUGAUUUGGCUGAUACUGGUUCGACUCCACAUAACCUGUCUGUUCUGGCGAUUGACGCUUAUGGAAACUUCAAUAAAAGUGCAAUGGCUACCUACUACUGGUAUACAGACAUGACCGCACCGAACACUGAGUUAAUGUCAUUUGAGACAGUGAGCUCAGCGGCCACAACAGUGAAGUUAGCUUAUUCCAGUGAUGACAUAUUUACUGCUGGGUUCAAGAUUCAGGACUCGCGCAUUCCCGGGAAGGUGGAUAAGCUCUGCCCUCGCAACGAAUCUUCACUGAAUGGCACCGACUUUGAAAUUCGCACAAAGUGCAACAUCACAGAGGAGUUGACCGGUCUUGCUCCGGGUGCGUACUCCUUCACAGUUGCAGCAUUUGACGAGCUCGGCAACGUCGAUCCGGAGCCACUGGUCAUUCAGUGGGUGGUUGAUCCCAUCGACACAAUCAUCGAGGGCAAACUUUAUGGCAACAGCGUGAACAUUUCAGUAAAUGCCAUGCGCGACUCUCCAGUCCUGUUCACUUUUGAGACAAAGCUGGAUGAUGGACCAUGGAAGCUGGGACAUAAUCCUGUGUUCAGCAUCAAAGUACCUGAGGGCCCGCACACACUUCAAGUCCGAUCAAGAGGCCUGGAUAAUGACCUGGUCGAUCCAACACCAGCUGUGUUCCAAUUCAUAGUGGAUCUCAGCCCACCAGAGGUCACAAUUACAAGUGCCCCAAGUAGGAUCACUAACGAAGCCAUGCCAACCUUCAUGUUCAACUCGACCAAGCAGGGACUGAUCGAGUAUCGAACUGAUGAUGGCGCAUACGUUCAAACCAGUGAUCUGACUGUCACGCUGGGCAUCUUGUCAGAAGGUCGGCACACAUUUUUCGUAAGAGUGACUGACGACCUCGGAAACGUUGGUAAUCCUGCGAACUACUCUUUCAUCAUCGACCUCGGCCCUCCUGAUACGUACAUAAAGUCCGGGCCUGGCAGCCCAUUCCUCAGCGCAGGGGUUGCACUUCUGCUAGAAUCCAGUGAAGAUGGCGUGACCUAUGAGUAUCGAAUAAGCAGGCGACCACCCAUUUGGGAGUCCCUCAAAGGCGACAGGUUGUCUGUGCCAGAAAUGGAAGAAGAAGGGAUUUAUACAGUGGAGGUGAGAGCAGUUGACGCGGCUGGGAACAAGGACCCGUCUCCUGCGAGCUACUCAUGGACGGUCUACUCUGUGGGAGGUAUCUGGCCAUCUUAUUGUGGACAUUGUUCUUUUGAAGUUGGCACGGUGACGAGCAAAGAUGACGUACAGGUACCCCCCUUCCCCCCCCGGAAUCAAGUCGAAAGUAUAUUGGAGCUGCCAAUGCCAGAGGAGCUGGAGUGGGAAGACGAGUUCUAUGCCUUGCCUUCAGCACCUGGGGCUGCUCCGGGCCCUUCUGGAGACUACAUCCAGGGUAUUUCUGACACAGGAGCAGCUGCAGCAGCACCAGCCAGCCCUGGUCUUCGAGAGACCUCUUCAGCACUUAUUGUACCUUGGGGACAAACGUUUAUGAGCUGGAAACACUGCUACUACAAUGAUGGAGUUGAGAAUGGCAAUGGCCAGGGCAAAGGCAAGAGCACAAUUGCUGUGAGCACAUCUCGAACUGCAACUACGAUACCUGCUACUCCGAGUCUUGAAGUUUGCAGUUGCUGUGAGCACAUCUCGAACUGCAACUACGAUACCUGCUACUCCGAGUCUUGAAGUUUGCAGUUGAAUUUCAUCGUGCUCAUCUGGGGUACCUGGCGAGCCCUUUUUGCCACUGCACUUGAUGUUAUCUCCAUGUC